GAAAGGCCAGAUAAUACUGCCGAUAUCUCAAACAUCUUCCACGUGUAAAUUAAUUUGUUCAUAUAUUGUUGUUGACUCUUCCUUCUUAAAGACUCAUCAUCACUCACUUUCCUUUCUUAUUUUUUCUGACUAUUUAUUCCAUGCUUUGAACCCUCUCUGCUUAGAUUCGUCGUAGACGUUAACCUUAACCCAUCCGGUCAAUAUGAUUGUGAAAGUAAAGUUGUCGGUCCUUGCUUUUGCAGCAACUCUCUUAUCCUCAAACUCAUUGGUUUCUGCUCUUUCUGCGAAUGACAUCCCAUCGGAUACACCAAUCUCGUCUUUGCUGGCAUCCGCCAACGCGCAUUUGGCAAAGGGCGAAACAAACGAUGCUUUAACUUAUUAUGAUAUUGCGAUCGCCCGCGAUCCAUCGAACUAUUUAAGUCAUUUCCGUCGCGGAGCUGCCUACCUGUCCCUCGGUCGAAUGGCCCAGGCGGCCCAGGACUUUGACAAGGUUUUGACAAUCAAACCAGGCCAUGAGCCGGCACUUUCACAACGGGCGAAAAUCAGGGCAAAGAAUGGCGAUUGGGAAAGCGCAAAACAAGAUUACCUCGCCUUGGGCGCAUCUCAGGGAGCCGAAGAAGAACUCGCAAACUUAAUUGAGGCCCAAGGUGCAGCUAGUUUGGCAAUGGAUGCAGAGAAGAGCCAGAACUGGGAAGAAUGUGUGACACAGGCUGGAGCUGCAAUUAUGGUUGCGUCCAAGGUGGUAUCACUUCGCAAGACCAGAGCUCAUUGUCGUUUUGAGCGCGGGGAAGUCCAAGAAGGAAUGAGUGAUCUUAAGCACGUUUUACAAAUGCAGCCAGGACUUACCGACCCCCAUCUCCGGAUUUCUACGAUUAACUUUUACAAUCUAGGAGAAUUGGAACAGGGUAUGGAUCAGUUGAGGAAAUGCUUACAUUCAGACCCAGAUUCAAAGAGCUGUAAGAAAUUGUAUAGAAGAGAGAAGACCAUCGACAAAAACUUGGCCCAGGCUCGGAAGAAUUUUGAAAAGCAUCAAUAUUCGAGUGGAGUGAAACUUCUCGUCCCAUCUGGAGAGGACGUUGGGUUGGUUCAAGAGAUUAAGGAUGAUCUCAAGGAGUUCCGAGAGUCUGGUAUAAUCCCGGAGCAUGCGCCAAAUCACCUUGUAACUCAAGUUGUGGAAAUGGUUUGCCAGGCUUAUCACGAGGUAUGUUUAGGGCAUUAGCGACAAAUCCCUCUGUAACUAACACAACACAGACCAAGAAUACCAAGAAAGCUGCUACAUACUGUGACGAAGCUCUUUCACUCAACGAAAACUCUCUAUAUGGACUUCUUCACAAAGCCCAGAAACACAUGGAAGCGGAGAACUACGAAGCUGCAAUAUCCGCCCUCAAUACAGCAAAGGAACAUCACCCUGAUGCACAGCAGAUUGGAGGGCUCUUACAAAAAGCUCAAGUAGAGUUAAAGCGAAGCAAAACAAAAGACUAUUACAAGGUUCUAGGGGUAUCCAAGGAUGCGGAUGAGCUUCAAAUCAAGUCGGCAUACAGAAGAAUGGUAAAGCUAAACCAUCCCGACAAGGCUCACAAGCAAGGAGUUAACAAGGAAGAGGCCGAGAAGAAGAUGGCAGCCAUUAACGAAGCAUAUGAAGUACUGAGUGAUCCUGAAUUAAAGGCUCGCUUCGAUCAAGGAGAUGAUCCGAAUGAUCACGAGCAACAACGAGGCCAUCCGUUUCAAGGAGGUAACCCAUUCGGUGGUGGUGGAUUCCCUUUCCAACAUAGCGGUGGACAUCAACAUGGUGGAGGUCAACAAUUCAACUUCAAGUUUGGUCCAGGGGGUUUCAAUUUCGGUUAAGAAGUUAGUCGGAUUUCAGGUGUUGGUUAAGCUUUUCAAGUUGACAAUGAUUCAAACAUUCAGUAUAUUUGUAAAUUAUACACAAUAUGGCUCGAAAUAUGUGCCUUGUAAUAUCGUUCAAGGACUCUUUUUUGUCUUCAAAGGAAUAUUACCUGGAGGAUCAACCAAGGAAUAAGGAGUG